UCGUCGAGCAAGAAGAGGGUUACUUUCGCGGAAAGGCCUAAGUACGGCUCGCUACGGACCAAUCUGCUUUUCCCUCUCCGGGCAAAACGGUCCUGGUUAGGCACCGGGGGGAGGCAGCCGGAGGGAUCGGUGCCCAUGGAGCCACCGAGGUCGCCAACUGACCAGCAGCUGGUCAAGAGGCAACAAGUGAAUUCCCAGUCGCCGACUGAAUCCCUGCCAGCCACACCGGGGCCAGUUACCCCUCGACAGCCACCAUCUCGGCCGCCGAGGCCAGAAUCCUUCUUCUCUGACCCAGCGGAUGACCUGCUGGUUGUCACGUCCCAGCGGCCCUCAACCGGGACACCCCUGCCAUCGCCCUCGUCGCCCGCCUACGGCCGGGCAAACAACCCCCUCCGUCUCCGCCGACCCUCAGCCCUCUCCGCGCGGGCAAGCCAACAGGGCCAGCCAGACGACCCUCCACGGCCGGCAACACCCGUUGUGGUGGGCAGGCAGUCCAGGUGGAGCCCGGACUCGUCGCCGGAGAAGCAGCGGAACCCCGUCCGGCGCGUGAUCGGGUCGCUGACCCACACCGCCGCCGAGCGCAUCCCCCCCAUCAGGGGGGUGCGGUCGUCCAGCAACAUGCGCGGGACGGCCGAGUCGCCGACGCCCGCUGCCCCGCAGCCCGAAACGGAUGCCCACCCAGCAGUUGAGCAGCAGCAGCGGCGGACGUUGAGGCAUAAGUCAUCGACGCUGCUACUUCGUCUUAUGGGGAGGGGCGUGGAGAAGGAGCGCAAGGAUGGGAAGGGGAGCGAUAGGGGUGGUGGACAGGGGAGGGGUGGGGAGGGAGGCAUGGCUUGAUAUGUUUCUAGGGGAUAUGGACAUUGGAAGUGGGACUGGACUGGCUGGCAAGAAAGGCAAGAAAGGCAAUUUGGCGUUCAGGUAUGGUUCUAGAGCUGGCCAUUACAGGAGUGAGGAGAUACCCAAGGCCUAGGCGUUUCAAAAUGCGCAGGAGUUGGUAGAGGAUGGAUUAUAUUUGGCCAUCUGGUUUGCUUUCUCUAGACUUCAUAUAAUUUGAAAGGGUUCUAUGGCCCCGAAAAUGGCAGAUAUAGGCGACUUUCUAAGAUUCUCAAUAUCGCAUC